AUGGUUAAGGUAUAGCCCGAUCCAUACUUUGGAUCGGGCUUGUCUGAUAUCUUCUGACGCCAUAUAGGGAGUUGACUUUGCCAGAAACGUUGGUUUUUCAACUCCCCAUCUGGUGUAUGAGAUCUCAGAAAAGCCUGAUCCAAAGCAGGGAUCAAGCUAUACACCUUAAGCUAAAAAGUAGUCAAAAUUCAAUAGUAGUUUGCAAGGAUAAUCUUACAGUCCCAUAAUUAAUCGAACGAUAAGCCGUCAUCGAUUAAUAAUUUCUUUAAAAAAAUUAUUUUCUAUAUUGACAUAGCGGUAAGGGGUGCAAUACAUUAUCAAAUAUGCUUAGAAUUUGGCACAAGAAUGAUUAUGCCGUUAUAUUCUAAUAUAAAUUAUUAUAUAUGCUAAAACAAUAGACUUUAGGCGAAAUAGGGAGUGAGUCCAGCUUAGCAAUAUGAAAAUCUUUUGAUCAUGGAUGGGAUUAAUUUUCCCAUUUUUUACAGAAUUGUUUGAUCAAGGAUAGGAACAAUAGUAAAAAGCGAAGAUCAUGAACAAUUCAAGAAGACGAAGCAAUAAAAGACCUUGUGCAUCAAAUAGGCACCCAACAAUGGGCUAUAGUAGCUGAUCGUCUAAACUCAAUGUUCGAUCUUCCUGGCAGAACAGGCAAACAGUGCCGAGAGCGCUGGCACAACCACUUAAAUCCAUGUGUAAACAAACAAGCCUGAAGCCUAGACGAAGAAUUUUUGCUUUUUCAAUCCCAUCUCUCCCUAGGGAAUAAGUGGGCUGAAAUUUCAAAAUUAUUACCUGGAAGAACUGACAAUUCAAUUAAAAAUCAUUUCUACUCCUCAUUAAAAAGACAAUACAGGAAGUUAAAUGGAAUGGACGGGACCAGAGAAGAAUUAAAACAAUGUGACGAGUUUUUAACGAGCUGCAUUGUAUCGUCCAUUUUAAAAAGAAUUAAACAAAAGCAAAAUAAAAUACAUGAAGUUGAAGCUGAGGAUAAUUUAGCAUCAGCCUCAACAACAGAGUAUGGGAAUUUUACACCUAUAGGUGAAGAUUUUGACUUAAUUGAUUAUGCAAAUUAUGAAAAUCAGUUUUGUCAGGAAGAAGAGAUGUAUGAGGAAGCUUGGGACUUUAAGGAUGAAAUGCUUAUGAUGCCAUUUGAAAUUUUUGAAAACUAA